CUCGAUUAGUACAUAGAUGUCCAUAUGUUUCUUUUUUUCUUACCAUACGAGACUAGUGUGUAUUGAUUACUCUAGACUUUCUCACCGCCCACACCGAGUCCGAAAUCCAAUCCAAUCCAAUCGCCUUCUCCAGCCUCGACUUUCCACUUCUCCAAUAUCUCUUCACGUCUUCUGCUACCGGGUGUCUUCCCCUUUAACUUACUCUCUCUGAGUAGCCGAUCUUCCUCUCCGAACCCCUGAGAGCGGCUAUAUCUUCCUUCCUCCUCUUUUCUCUCUUUUUCCCGAGCACAAACUCUCGAGUCUGCCCAACAUGUCCGGCGAAGCGUGGCUCUACCUGUUGGCGGUGUUGAUCAACGCCGUCAACCUGUUUCUGCAGGUGUUCUUCACCAUUAUGUAUAGCGAUCUGGAAUGUGACUACAUCAACCCUAUUGACCUCUGCAACCGUCUGAACGCCUACAUCAUCCCCGAAGCUGCCGUCCAUGCCUUCCUUACUUUCUUGUUCGUAAUCAAUGGCUACUGGCUUGCGAUCUUGUUGAACCUGCCUCUGUUGGCAUUCAAUGCCAAGAAGAUUUUCGAUAAUGCGCACCUUUUGGAUGCGACCGAGAUCUUCCGCAAGCUCAACGUACACAAGAAGGAAUCUUUCAUCAAACUAGGUUUCCACCUUUUGAUGUUUUUCUUCUACUUGUACAGUAUGAUCGUUGCGUUGAUCCGCGACGAAUCUCAUUGAGUUCGUGACGCGAUCGAGCAUGCGAUGCGCGAUGGCCAUUCUGGCUGAAGUAUCGCGUGAUGCGCUAUUUUGUCUUGCGAUAAGUAAGGCUGGAUCGAGCAUGAUAAAUACUCUCCG